AUGGCGGUUUCUGUUUCGUCAAAAGUUUCUUUCUACCAGUUUUGUUUACUGCUUGAAAAACUUAGUAAAUUGGCCGCAGGUGAUAAAAAGAAAAAAAUUUUAAUCACAUUUAUUGCUGAAUGGCGAAAAUUCGGCUUGGAAUUGAAGUUAAAAAACGUUAACAAUGAUGAUUCAUUUUUUGAUGCAAUGAGGUUGUUGUUACCUCAUUUGGACAGGGAUAGAGCUGCUUAUGGCAUCAAAGAGUACAGGUUGGCUCAGCUCUUUGUUAAUGUUUUUGCUUUAAAUAAGAAUAGCCUGGAUGGCAAGAGUUUGAUCAAUUUUAAGACUACAAAACAGAACAAAGAUGUAGCAGUACGAGAUUUUGCCAGCCUAUGUGGUAUGGUUCUUAAGAACAGGUGCUCUGAAAAAGGCGUCCUUUCUAUUGCAGAGGUCAACAAACAGUUGGAUGCAAUUGCAAGGGGUCAUGUGAUCAAAGAUGAAGAUGAUGUUCAAAAGUCUUUGCUGCAUUUGAUGAAGAAUGUUUCAAGUUGUGAGCUUGAGUGGUUGGUUAGGAUUAUUUUGAAGGAAGUGAAGUUAGGUUUGAGUCAGAAAUUAAUAUUUAGUUCUUUCCACCCUGAUGCAGAAGAGUUGUACAAUGUUAAAAUGAGUUUAGAGAAGGUUUGCAGAAUGUUGACAGAUGAGAAUAUACGUCUGCAUGAAAUUGAAGUCUCCAUCUUCACUGCUUUCAAACCCAUGCUGGCUGUCAGAGAGGAACCUUCAAAUAUCGAGAAAUUGAUGCACGGUCGAUCGUUCCUUAUUGAGACGAAGUACGAUGGCGAGAGAAUGCAGAUGCACAAAAUGAACGAUUCCUUCAAAUAUUUCUCCAGAGGAGGCAUCGAAUACAGCCAUGUUUAUGGUGAAGAUAGUAAUAAGGGCAACCUGACCAAAUUUAUAAGCAACCGAUUAGAAUCAUCCGUUGUUUCGUGCAUUCUCGAUGGAGAGAUGGUCGGUUAUGAUCCCGUCAACCGUCUCAUUGGCACGAAAGGAGAGAAUAUUGACAUAAAAUCAUUGCAUCUAACAACGUACCAACCGAUGUACGUCCUCUUUGAUGUCCUGCUCCUCAAUGGGAGGGUUCUUACUAAUGAACCUUUGAAGAGUAGGAGGCAGGUUUUAAACAACAUCAUCCAGCCAUUGCCUGGCAGAAUCAUGCUUUCAAAAGCUUUUGAAAAAUCUACCAAGUUUGAAAUUAUUUCUCCCUUGAAUGAAGCCAUCGAAUAUGGCGAAGAAGGAAUCAUGUUGAAGGAUGUUGAAAGCAUCUACAAACCGAACUGCAGACAGAAGGGUGGUUGGUUUAAAAUCAAGCCUGAUUACAUUGAUGGUCUGAUGAAUGACCUCGACCUUGUCAUCAUUGGUGCAUAUUUUGGGAACAAGUCAAACCUAUUGACUCACUUUUUAAUGGGAUGUGUCAGUCUGCAUGGCGAGAAAAAGAAUGAUGGUGGUGGUGAUGAUGAUGGCGAGUCUGAUUUUGAAAUUCAUACGUUUUGUAAGGUUGGAACUGGUUUGACUAACAUCCAACUUGUUGAAUUGAAUUUUAAACUAUCAAAAGAAUGGAUCACUUUCAGCAAAAAUAAUUUUCCAUCUUGGUUGAAACUUCCGUCCACAUUUAAACAGAAACCAGACGUUGUUAUCAAAGAUCCUAAAAAAUCGAUAGUCUUGCAGAUAAAAGCUACAGACCUGAUAAAAUCAGACCAAUACCAAAGCAAAUACACCUUAAGGUUCCCAAGGGUUGAAAGAAUAAGAUAUGACAAAAAUUGCUUGCAGUGCCUCUCCUUGCAUCAACUCAAUGAACUCAUAAGGAAAUCGAAAUCAAUGUUGGUCGAUGGACUGGUUAGCGUUACGUACGACGUCAACUGCAAAUCUUCGAACAGAGCUUCUGGCGAGGGGUUGAAAAAACAACGGAUAAGGAAGAACAGCAGGGAAGCAGUUGUCAGUGCAACAGGGUCGUCAUCAACCUUGCUGGAUGGAAAAGAAAUUUGUGUAAUGAUGAAUGACGGCGGCUGGCACAAUAAAGAAAUGAGCAAAUCUGGCAUUGAGAAGUUGCUCAUUGAACACGGGGCCCAAGUUGUUCAGAACCCCGAUAAACGAACAACUGAUUUCAUUAUAGCCAACGACGAAUCGAUCUUGAAAGUUAAAAAUGUAGUUAAACUAGGUCACACGGAUGUUGUUAAACUUGAUUGGUUGCUUGGUUCCAUCUCUCAAAAUGAGUUGUUACCUUGGAAACCUUUUGAUUUAAUUCAUUGUUGUGCAAAGACAAGACAAAAGUUUGCAGAUGAUUAUGAUGGUUAUGGGGAUGAAUAUUUUUGUCCAACCUCUCCUCAACAGCUUAAGUGUUUAUUCGACGGCAUUCAACUGAAAGACCAAGUAAGCUAA